UCUUUCAUUUCCAUAAAACUUGGUGAGGAACCAAAAGUUGUGGGAGAUUUCGCAUCAGGACCGCACGGGGCGUCAGUGACUGGAGAGGCUCUGGGAACACCUCCAAACCAUUUUCCCACUGCCUGUGGAACACACGGGGAAUUACCAUGAAGCUGUUGUUGGGCAUUUCCGCCCUGGCUUUCCUGAUGCAGGCAGCCACUCCUCUGAAGAUCUGCGCGUUCAACAUCCAGAGCUUUGGAGACAGCAAACUGUCUAAUGAGGGGAUCUCGGAAAUUAUUGUGAAGAUCCUGUCGCGGUACGACAUCGCCUUGGUGCAAGAGGUGCGAGAUGCCGACCUGAGCGCCGUUAGUGAAUUGCUGGAGCGGCUCAACAGUGCCUCUAAGCACAACUACGCCUACGAAAUCAGCGAGUCACUGGGACGGGAGAACUACAGGGAAAUGUACCUCUUCCUCUACAGGACCACACGGUCUGCUGUUGUGGCCAAGUACCAGUACUCAGAUAAAAAACAAUGCCCUUCAGGCAGACCGCCUUUCAUUGUCAAGUUCUCGCCUCUCAACGCCAAAGACGACGAGCUGGUCCUGAUUCCCCUCCACACAGCUCCAAAUGACGCCGUGGCAGAGAUUGAUGCCCUCUAUGAUGUCUACUUGAAGAUCAUUGACAAGUGGGGGACGGAUAACAUGAUGUUCCUGGGAGACUUCAAUGCUGACUGCAGUUACGUGGGAAAGAACGCCUGGUCCUCCAUCCGCCUGCGCACCAGCGAGGUUUUCAAGUGGCUCAUCCCAGACUCUGUAGACACCACCGUGGGCAACUCCAAUUGCGCCUAUGACAGGAUUGUCGUGAGUGGUUCAAAGCUGAGGAAGUGGAUCGAUCCCAAGUCAGCCCAAGUGUUUGACUUCCAGAGCGCCUUCAAGCUGAGCCAAGAGGAGGCUCUGGCCAUCAGCGACCAUUUCCCGGUGGAGGUGACGCUGAAAUCUCGCUGAAGCUCCGUGCGACCUCGCAGCCUUGCUUUGACACCCUGUGCCGGAAAAGGGGUCCCGGCCACCCCUGGGUCUUCUCACACCACAGUUACGUGUUCACUCGCAGAC